AUGGCCAAUAUUCAACACACGUUUGAAGCCCUCCGUGACAAGGUCUUGGUCGAGCAGUUUCUGCUCACUUGCUCCACCAAGUUGACUAUUUUUCUCCGAGAGAGAGAAUGCCAAAGCUUGCGAGAAGUUGCGUCAAAGGCGGACCUUUUCCUAGAGGCUCAGGCCCAGCCUACUACGAGUAAGUCGAAACUCGACGAGACGAAUAAGCAGUCUAGUGUGGCGUUAGCGGAUAAGUCUAAAACAGGAGGGGGCAGGAAAGCUUUGCGUUGCUUUUUAUGCAACAAAACUGGGCACAAGGCGGAAAACUGUCAUGGACGUCCGCCGGCCUCCAAAGGAAUUACUUGCUGGCAAUGCGGGAAAACUGGACACCGUGCAGAUAGCUGCAGGUCAAAGCCUAACGACAAUCAUCAGGCGUCAUGUCUCUGGACGAAGUCAAGAAACGGAGAGGUGACCGAGCCCGAAGAUGGCUUUGUUACCCUCAAGAAUGGUGACAAGAUUCCGGUUGUCAACUCGGCAGUAGGACAUCCUCCCAAGUUUCUAGUGGAGAAUCUGCCAGUUGUAGAGGGAGAUAUGGGUGGCCACAAAAUAACUGUCCUCAGGGACACGGGCUGCAACACCGUCGUUGUUCGCCAGAGCUUGGUUCCGAAGGAAGCGUACACAGGAAUAUUGAGCCCGGUGUUUCUACUGGACAAAACAGUAAGGCACCUUCCCGAGGCCGAGAUUGUGGUUAGGACACCAUACUACACGGGAAAGUUAACAGCGAAGUGUGUAAACGACUCUCUGUACGAUCUGGUGUUGGGAAAUGUGCCGCUUGUACGAGAUGCCAAUGACCCCGAUCCAAACUGGAGUUUGAAUGUGAAAACGAGGGAAGCUCAUAUGUUGGCGACAGAGCCAGCCGAUGAACAGAAGACAGGGACGGAAGGCGUCCUGGCGAAAGAGACACAUGUAGAGUCUCUAGAACGCUCUGCUGACGAAUCUUUACUCGAACGGGGCGAUAAAGAGUUCAUGGGCACCGCGGGGGCUGUGCUGACCAAGAAACCUACAUGUCGACCCCCGCCAUCGCCUCCCGAACUGCGAGUACCCGAGGUACCACUGCUUCAAACAACUAAAGAGGAGCUCAUCCAGGAGCAAAAGAAUGACGAAACCCUGAAGAAAUGCUUCCACGACGUUGGGAAAGUAACCAAGAAGCACAGGGGCAGAACGAAGUACGAGUUUUUUAUUAGGAAUGAGCUGUUGUACAGGAGCUGUACAUACAGUUCCGGAAGAAAAACCGACCAGUUGGUUCUCCCGAAAAAGUUUCGGCGAACUGUCACCGGGAUGGCACAUGACGGAAUAAUGUCAGGCCACCAGGGCGUGAGCAACACAAUAGCACUAGUGUCUGAAGAGUUCUUUUGGCCGGGUGUCCAAAGCGACAUUAAGAGAUCAGACUCGGGGAACCGAUACAUCUUAACCAUGGUGGAUGUGGCUACUCGAUACCCCGACGCGGUAGCCUUGAAAACCAUCGGGACUCCGGUAGUAGCGGAAGCUUUAGUUGACAUGUUUACGCGAUACGGCGUACCGAGAGAGGUCCUUAGUGACCGUGGUAGCGCGUUUUCUUCCGACCUGAUGAAGGAGGAGAGGCCCAAGGAUUGGGACCGGUACCUGCCAGCGCUGUUGUUCGCUUACCGGGAGGCGUUGAACGAGGAAACAAAAACGUCGUACAGCUACGUCAUGGAACUGAGAGACAAACUGGAGGAGACCUGCAAACUGGCACACCAAUGCUUGGAUGAAGCCAAGGUAAAAUACAAGGCGUAUUAUGAUCGGAAGAAAGUCAACCGAGAAAUGAAGGUAGGGGAUAAAGCACUACCCUACUGA